AUGCCCGCCCUCGUGCUCAUCCUCCUCGCCAUCGCUUGCGUCGCCUCCUGGCCGACCGCGGCGAGCGGAAAGGGGGCAACCUGCCUCGCCGCCGCCACGGCGUACCUCACCGGCGCGGCGGCGGCGCCUGUCGGUUUCUUCGCGAGCGUUCUGCACGUCCCGGGAGCGGUCGCGCUGCCUGAAGACCUUUUGGCGGCCUCGGCCUUCUCGUCUGCCGUCGCCUCGACCGUCUCGCUCGUGAGCAGCUGGUCGCUUCUCGUACCAGCCCUCGUGUUUCUCGUCGCCAUCGCCUGUGGCGCCGGGUUGCUCGCGGCGAGCGGCAAAGUGCCGCGGGCUCGCGACGCGGCUACUUCGUCCGCCGCCUUCCGCCUCGCCGCCGUCAUGGCGUGCCUCCCCUGCGUGGCGGCGGCGCCCACUGGCCUCUCCUCGUCGAGCGCCCUCUCGUGGCUCGAGUUUGUGCUGCCGUCAGACGUCGUAUUGCGCGUAUCGGCGCCCCUCACGGAGUACGGGUUGCCGCUCAUCGCUGCCGCUGUCACCGCCGUAGCCGCCGCUGUCGCUGCGCUGCUGCGCUACAAGUCAACGUCCACCACUCAGAGAGGCGCACUGUCGCCACCACCGUCGCCGCCCGAGCCCGAAGCACCUGUGCGGCGCGGUGGCUCCUUCCUGGACCAGUUGGCUCGCAUGGGAAUCAAAAACCCCACUGCCUUCCAGCUCAUGGACGAGCAUAUUCAACGUGAAGAGGAGGCGAAAGAUCAGGCCACACAAGAGAUGGCAGCAGCCUCAACCCGCUCGUGCUUUGACGGUGUUCUCGAUGGAACGACACCAGCAGGGCCGUGCGAGUUCGUGAUGCGCAUUUUUCUCCACGUGAUCCUCCUCCCAUAUCACGUGUGGAGACUUGCAAACCUAGCUCUCUCCGCUUGCCUUUGCGUUCAGGCCAAGGACGCACUGGAUUGGGCAUUCAACGUUACCUCCCUUGCCGAGGAUUUGUGCACAGUGUACCUCAUGGACGGGGAUGCGUUUUCCACUUUCGUGGUCUUCCUAACAUUUGUUUUGCAGCCAAUCAUCACUGACCUCUUUGGCCGGCUUGCACAGUGCUCUUCAACAACUGUAGAUGAUUUCCUGGUUGAAGUGUAUGGUGAAGUGGUGCAGGCAUUCUUGUAUAUGAUGUUCUCCAGCUUCUCUUCAACCGCCGUCCAAACCUUUGAAGGCUUCCUUGCUGUGCAAGUGUUGAUCAUCUUCUGUAAACGGACCAUCGCAGUGGCAACAGAUGGGGAGGGUAGUUCGGAAGCGGCCGACUCAAACCCACUGGACACUGUAAUUGUGGCAGUACAAGCUCUCCUCAUUGGCACUGCAAGCACGCUCACAAUUUCGAUUGCAUCGCUGUUUUAUCAGUUUUACGAUGACGAGGCCCCGUUCAAACAGCCCUAUUACGAUGUGAUUUGCACAGUAGCAUACUGGUUUGCCGCGCUUGAGCUUGGAAGGGUCCUUGAGGCUUCAGAUGCAUUUUGGGCAAGCCAUGGUGGCCCAGCUGCGUACGCAGAACGAGAGCGUCACCAGCAAAUCACGAAACAAGAAAAGGAGGCAUUCAACCACGAGCUACAGGCAGCUGUCGCAAAUAAAGGCUGGAUAUAUCGGGUUGGUGACUUAUAUCAAUCUGCAUUCGCAUUCCUUAGUUGGGGAUUGUGUGUGUACUAUGUGGUCAUCAUGCUCAUGGGCCAACUCCAUGCGGCCAACAGCGACAUCGUUGAUUUGAGCCAAGCAGUCACUACACCCAAUGGCAGCAUGACCAAUGUGAGCGAGGCUAUUAGUGCUACCAACCUCAGCAUGCCCAACCCCAGAGAGGAGUUCGCGGGCAACACCAGCGUCCCCAUCUAUGACUUGCUGUAUAGUUUGUUGUGCGUCACAGUUGGCAUGUUUCGGCUUUGGAGAUCAGCCGUGCAAGAAUUCAGGAGUGGCAAGCAAAGCAUGAAAGCCAGGAUGGUGCAGAUGUUCACACCUGCAAAACCCAAGAUUUUGCUUGUCGGACUCGAUAACUCCGGCAAGAGCACUUUCCUCUUCAGGUUGAAAACGGGAAGACUUCAGCAGAUAAACCCAACACAACACCCUUACAGUGAAUCGGUCACUAUCGGGAAGCGGGAGUUCGACAUCACCGAUUGCGGCGGUCACGAAGUGGCCCGAAGGAGUUGGGAUCAGUAUUAUUCGAGUGUGGAUUGCAUCUUCUUUUUUGUCGAUGUUGUUGACAAAGAAAGGCUCCCCGAGGCCAAACAGGAGCUAGACAACUUGCGUGGCAACCCAGAGCUAGCUACGGUGCCAAUCGCCGUCUUUGGCACCAAAACUGACGUGCGGCAAGCUGCAUGCACUAAAGCAGAAUUGUCGGUGGCACUUGGACUUGAGAAUCUCCCAAUGAGCCAAGGUGAUGCAAAGGCACCCAAAGGUGUUCGUUCGUUGGAGCUCUUCAUGAUGUCCAUUGUCAGAUCUGAGGGAUAUACCGAGCCCUUCAAUUGGUUCCAAAAGCUCAAGCGUUAA